GCGCACCUCAUCUCGCUCCAAGCACACCACCACUCCACAGUGCACUUCACUCUCUACAGCAACAGAAAAGUGAGCAGCAGACAGCAGCAGCUGCUGCCAUGGAGGCGUGGAGAUCUCUCCUCGCGAGCUUCGUGCUCGCCGUGCUGGCCGCGCAGGCCUUGGUGGCCGUGGUCGAGUCCAGGACCGGUCCCGUGGAGCAGGCGAGCGAAGGUGACGACGUGAAGAAGCCGGACUGCGUGCCGGGGAUGGACCCGCGCUCGUUCCCGGGGACCGGCGGCGGCCACGGCAUCACGCCCGUGACGCCAUCGCACGGAGGCUCCAGCUCCCCGACGCCGUCCCACGGCGGCGGCGGCGGGUACGUUCCAACGCCGUCGCAUGGCGGGACGCUGCCUUUCCCGUCCCACGGCGGCUCCGGCUCCGGCUCCUCUCCGACGUCGCCCUCCACCGGCGGCGGCGCGUACGGUGGGUCUCCGUCCACCCCCGGCGGUGGCGCGUACGGUGGGUCUCCUCCGUCCACCCCCAGCGGCGGCGGCGCGUAUGGUGGGUCUCCGUCUACUCCCAGCGGUGGCGGCGCCUACGGAGGCGGGUCCCCCUCGCCUGCUCAUGGUGCUGGUGGCGCCUAUGGGAGCUCUCCGACGCCCGCGUACGGCGAUUCCCCCUUGCACGGCGGCAUCGGGACCUCGUCACCGACGACAUUUGUCCCCAUGGACCCCCACAGCUUCGGCACCUGCGACUACUGGAGGUCGCACCCGAUGGAGAUCUGGUCGGCGGUCGGCGGCCGGUUCCCGAGCACGUCAUCGUCGAUGGGCCACUUCUUCGGCGCGGCGGCGGGCAGCGUGGGCGGGGCUGACGUGAUGAGCAUCCAGGACGCGGUGGGCAACACGCGGGCGGACGGCACGGGCGCGCUGCUGCGCGAGGGCGCCGCCGCGCUGCUCAACUCCAUGACCCGCGCCGGGUUCCCCUACACCACGGAGCAGGUCCGCGACGCUUUCGCGGCGGCGGCGGCGGCCGGGUCCGACGGCGCGGCCGCGGCGCAGGCGGCGGCCUUCCGGAAGGCCAACGAGGGCAAGGCGUAGCUGCCUGUGCUGUGCAUAUGCAUGUGUGGUUAAUUAGCUGGAGUGCUCCGGUCGCUUAAUCUGUUGGAUUUGAUGGUUUGUUGGUUGUGUGCGCGUGUGUUUCAGUGAUUUGCUCCUUUUUUUUUCUUUCUCGUGGAUCUAUCGAUGGAUGAACAUGAAUGAAUGAACCGAACUGCACAGCUCCGUUGUGAGCUGAUGCAUGCAUGCACUAGCUAGUAGC